AUGAAAUACUUAGAAGAGAUAGCAGUAGCCAUCGACAACGAAAUCACCUUGUUUACCAACAGUUGGGAUCCUGCCCACCUCCGAGUAAUGGACAUCCAGCGAAGAAAAAGGGCACUGUCACUAUCAUUUAUAGCGGAUGGUCUAAACUACUGUUGUGGCGUAGCAACCCAAGAAAAAUUGGACUCCAUGGUUAUGACGUCAGAGGAGUUGAAGAUUCGGAUGAAUAAAAUCGGCCAAUCUCUAGAGCAAACAUUAGGCUCAAUCGGGCAAGGGUCGAAAAAACUGGAAGAGGUACAACGUGCCAACAACAGAGCCCUGAAAAUAACAGAAAAUAGAAUAAAACUCCUAGAAAACUAUACGAAUACAAUAAAUAACGCGGUAGUGGCCGAAAGUAUAGAACAACGAAACCUAUUAGUAGCAUUCAUGAGGAGCAAUACAGACACAGCAAAAAAAAUUAUCCGACUUACCAGAUCCAUAAAAAACCAAGGGGUAGUUCAGAACUGCCGCCAAAAGCAAAUCCCAGCAUCCAUCAUAGAACCCCACUUACUCAGAGCCGAUCUUGAAGACCUACAGUCCAUCCUAGCAGGGCAGGAUCAAGAAUUGACCAUAUCAGUCCAAGACUUAUCAACGUAUUACAGGCUACCCAUAAGCGAAUUAAAAUUAACAUUUGAGGACGUUUUAACCAAGCUAUCAAGCCUAAAAGAAGAAAUUAUUAAAGAAUCAAAAAGAGUUUUAAAAACAAAGGUACCUCAAUCAGAAAGUUAG